AGCUAGGUAGAUAGGAAGUUCUUUUGAACUGAAUGGUGAAGGUGAGAAAAUGAAGACUUUCUGUCUCUCUGAAGAUACAAGCUAGCAGAAAUUAGUUUAAGAAAGCAGUGUGAAGGUUUCUAUUGUGAAGGGGAUGUUCACUGGAAACAAACAUAUAGGAGGAAAAAUGGAUCCCUUGUUUUGGCCAUCAGAAACUAACAGCUUUCGACGUUUCACCCCUGAGUCCUUGGCAGCAAUCGAAGAAAGAAUUGCUAAAAAACCCCCUCAGCAAGCCAAAUUUAACUGGAAGAAUAAGGACGAAGGAGUUGAAGAAGAUAAACCUAUUCCUCAGCUUGAUCUGAAAACCUGCAAAAAACUGCCAUCUCUGUAUGGGGAUCUUCCUGCGGAGCUCAUUGGGGAACCCCUGGAAGAUUUUGAUCCAUACUACAGUGAUCACAAGACCUUUAUGGUGAUAAAUAAAAGGAGGACUAUUUUCCGGUUUACUGCCACACCUGCCUUGGGUAUAUUUGGUCCUUUUAAUCCAGUCAGAAAAGCAGCAAUUAAAAUUCUGACCCAUUCAUUAUUUGUUGGCUUUAUUACAUGUACUGUGGUACUCAAUUGUGUUUCCAUGGCUGUAAAUAAGCUUCCAGAAGAACUCAGCUGGACUGAAUAUCUUUUUACUGGCAUAUAUACCGGUGAAAUAUUGAUAAAAAUAUUAGCAAGAGGAUUUGUCUGGAAUGAAUUUACCUUUCUUCGAGAUCCAUGGAACUGUUUGGAUCUUGUCGUUAUUGUGGUAACGUAUGCUACCAUGUGUAAAACUGUGGGCAAGGUUUCAGCUCUUCGAACUUUCAGAGUACUGAGGACUUUGAAAGCUAUUUCAGUAAUACCAGGUCUGAAAGUCAUCGUAAAUUCACUUGUUGAAUCUGUUAAGAAACUUACUGAUGUGUUGAUCUUGACCGUUUUUUGCUUGAGUGUAUUUGCUCUAAUAGGCCUCCAGCUUUUUAUGGGCAAUUUGACAUCCAAAUGUGUCCUCAAUAAUACUAUAUACAAUGACACGCUAUGUAAGGAUGCCAAGAUAUAUAUACCAAAUGAUGAAGGUACUUCUGAAAUAUUGCUCUGUGGGUUCAGUUCAGAGCCCAAGUAAUGCCCAGAAAACUACACCUGCAAGAAGAUUGGGAAGAAUCCUGACUUUGGUUAUACAAGUUUUGAUCAUUUUGGCUGGGCCUUCCUUUCUUUAUUCCGUCUGAUGACACAGGAUUACUGGGAGCGUCUCUACAGACAGACUAUCCGUACAUCUGGAAAGAACUACAUUUUAUUUUUUCUGGGUGUCAUCUUUUUAUGCUCAUUUUAUCUCUUCAAUCUGAUCUUGGCUGUAGUAACCAUGGCAUAUGAAGAGCAAAAUAGAGCUACUCUUGCUGAAACAGAGGCAAAGGAAAAAUUACUUCAGGAUGCCCAACAAAUUCUAGAGAAAGAACAGAUGUUGGCUGCGGAAGAAGCUAAUAAGGCCUUACAUGUCAGAUCUGAAAUGGCAGUUGCUGACUUGAAAAAUUCAAAAGAAAAAGAGAUGAAGAAAGAAAACCCUAUUUUAAGACAAAACUUAGUUUUGGGUGAUCAUGGCAAAGAGGAACACAUAUUUAAUUCACAGCCUGGUCACUGCCACAGGAAGCUUUAUAAUAAACAUAUGAAGAGGUGGGUAGUAUCACCUGUUUCUGUACUUGCGAGGUUUGUUGAUGAACUGCAAGAGUCAAAACUGAAAUGCCCUUCAUUAUGGAAACGUUUUGCUCAAAAGUAUCUAAUUUGGAAUUGCUGUCCAUUCUGGAGAGCAGUCAAAGAGAAGGUGAAAUUGGUAGUUUUGGAUCCAUUUGUUGAUCUCUUAAUCAUGGUUUGCAUUAUUGUGAAUACCGUAUUCAUGGCUCUGGAGUACCCUGACAUGCCACCCAACUACCGACAAAUGAUUUUUAUAAGUGACAAGGUCUUCACCCUGAUUUUUACAGCAGAAAUGAUCUUGAAAAUCAUCGCUUUAGAUCCUUACAACUAUUUUCAGCAAAAAUGGAAUAUUUUUGAUAGCGUAGUUGUUAUGAUUGGCCUAAUAAGCUUUGAAGAAAAUCUGUCAUUUUUCAGGCUGCUCAGGAUCUUCAAAUUGGCAAAAUCCUGGCCAGCCUUAAAUACUCUUAUGAAAAUAAUUUUAAACUCAGUUGGUGCUCUGGGUAACCUCACUCUGGUUUUGAUUAUCACUGUAUUUAUUUUUGCUGUAGUAGGAAAGCAGGUUUUAGGCAAUUAUUAUAAGACUAAUUACUGUAAAAUAAACACCAAUCCGGAUUUACGCUGGCAUAUGAAGGAUUUUUGUCAUUCAUUCCUGAUUAUAUUCCGAAUAUUAUGUGGAGAAUGGAUUGAAACGAUGUGGGAAUGUAUGGAAGUGGCUGGAAAAGAGCUAUGUCUUCCCAUUUUCUUGCUAGUCCUGGUAAUAGGAAACCUGGUGGUGCUCAACCUAUUCAUUGCCUUGCUGCUGAGUUCAUUCAGUACUGACUCCUCAAUGGGACAAGAGGAACCUGGACAAAUGACUAAAUGUCAGAUUGCCAUUGCACGGAUUCACAAGGGCUUGCAGUCUGUGAAGGACAGAAUUUUGGAUCAUUGUGGCAAAAUAAUGAAACAAAACUUCAGAACAACAGCCAAAAAAAAGACUUCGGUGAAAAUGUCUGCCAAAGACAUAGGGGAAAAUAACUAUACCAUGACAGAUGUCAGAAAGGAUGUAGGCAACAAUUGCUUUGACAUAGGGUAUUACAAUACUGAAGAAAGUUCCUCAGUAACAAGGAAAUAUGAAGAAUUUUUAACAAGUCCUAGUAGCUGUGUUCCCAUUGCAGUAGCAGAGACUUACGAUGAAGGUGAUGAUAAGCACAGUGUAUGCACAGAAAUAGAAUACAGAAAACAGGGAGACAGAUUAAGACAUAGAGAGCUGUGCCGGAGUUCAAGUGGUUUCAGUCAGAUUUCUGGGACUUCUGAAACUAUAAGUGGUUUUUCAGAAACACACCAAAGGAAGGAGCAAAAAGAGAAAUGUGAUGCUAGUAGUUAUUCUGAAGCCAGCACUGUGGAUCCAGUUAUUCUGGAGAUGUUUUCGCAACCUAAAAAGUCACACGUACCUAAGGACUGUUUUGCAGAAGGUUGUGUUGAAUGUUUCCCGUGUUGUGUAGUGGAUAUCACUAAGUUUCCAGGCAGAAUUUGGUGGAACUUUAGAAAAACCUGCUACAGAAUUGUUAAACAUAGCUGGUUUGAAAACUUCAUAAUUUUUAUGAUAAUAUUGAGCAGCGCAGCACUGGCAUUUGAAGAUAUCCACCUGCAAGAGAGAAGAAAUGUGAAAAUGCUCCUAGAGUAUGCUGAUAUAAUAUUUACCUACAUCUUUUUAAUGGAGAUGCUUUUGAAAUGGGUAGCUUAUGGUUUGCACAGUUAUUUCACAAAUGCCUGGUGUUGGCUUGACUUCAUCAUUGUAUGUGUAAGUAUUAUAUUCAGCUUGUCUCACAUUUUGACUUGUUCCUCUGGGAGUGCCUUGAAAUCUCUCAGGACACUUAGAGCAUUGAGGCCUCUACGAGCUUUGUCAAGAUUUGAAGGGAUAAAGGUUGUCGUGAAUGCACUCUUGGGAGCUAUCCCCUCAAUCUUGAACGUUUUGCUCGUCUGUAUUGUCUUCUGGCUCCUGUUUAACAUUGCAGGAGUAAAAUUACUUGGAAAAAAAUUUUCGAAAUGCAUAGUCAAGGAUGUAAAUAUGAGUCUAAUUAAAAACAAAGAUAAUUGUACUUUCUAUAAUGGAUCAUGGACAAAUAGUGAUGUAAACUUUGAUAAUGUUGCAAUAGGAUACUUGGCUCUUCUCCAAGUGGCAACUUUUAAAGGUUGGAUGGAUAUUAUGUAUGCAGCAGUGGAUUCACGUAAGAUAGAUGAACAGCCAGAGUUUGAAGCAUUCUUAGCCAUGUAUAUGUAUUUUGUGAUUUUCAUUAUUUUUGGAUCUUUCUUCAUGCUGAACCUUUUCAUUGGAGUGGUUAUCAGCAAUUUUAACCAACAAAGGAAAAAGAUAAGUGGAAAAGAUCUAUUUUUGACUGAGGAACAGAAGAAGUACUAUAAUGCCCUAAAAAAACUUGGAUCUAAGAAACCUCAAAAACCCAUCCCAAGACCGUUGAAUGUGUUCCAAGGAUUACUGUUUGAUAUAGUAUCGCACAAAGCAUUUGACAUUACGGUUGUAACUUUCAUCUGUCUAAAUAUGGUCAUUAUGAUGGCAGAAGGUAGCCAGGAUGGCAUCAAGGAUAUUCUUAAUAAAAUCAACUAUUUUUUUGUGGCGGUAUUUACUGGGGAAUGUGUCAUAAAAAUAUUGGCCUUAAGACAUUACUUCUUCACCAGUGGCUGGAACAUAUUUGAUUUAGCUGUUGUGGUCCUUUCACUAGUUAGUAUUGGACUUUCUGAAGGCUUUCAAAGUUUCUUCUCUCCUACACUUUUGAGAAUUUUUCGUUUGGCACGAAUUGGCCGAAUCCUGAGAUUAGUUCGAAAAGCUAGAGGAAUUCGAACUCUUCUCUUUGCAUUACUGAUGUCUCUUCCUGCACUGUUCAACAUUGGUCUUUUGCUUUUUCUGGUUAUGUUCAUUUAUGCCAUUGUGGGCAUGACAAACUUUGCCUGUGUUGGCUGGGAAGGUGGGAUUGAUAACCUUUUCAACUUUCAAACCUUUGAUAGUAGCAUUCUCUGUCUCUUCCAAAUUACAACAUCAGCUGGUUGGGAUGGUCUUUUGGUCCCUCUGUUAAAAGGAUCUGAUUCAUGUGCUCCCAACUUAAAUUUAACACGUGAACAGAGAAAAACUUGCACAAAUAAGGAGGUUGGUAUUUUAUUUUUUGUAAGCUAUGUCAUUAUAUCAUUUCUUAUUGUUGUAAAUAUGUACAUAGCUGUCAUUUUAGAGAACUUUGGUGUUGCCACUGAAGAAAGCACAGAUCCUCUUUGUGAGGAUGACUUUGAUAUGUUUUAUGAGACCUGGGGAAAAUUUGAUCCUCAGGCAACACAGUUUAUUGAAUAUUCUGCUCUUUCAGACUUUGCAGAUGCUCUGGCAGAACCCUUACGCAUUCCAAAGCCUAAUAAAAUUCAGCUCAUAUCCAUGGACCUCCCUAUAGUUAGUGGAGAUAAGAUUCACUGCUUGGAUAUCUUGCUUGCUUUCACUAAAAGGGUCUUGGGAGAAUCUGGAGAUUUGGAUGGUCUUGAAUUGCACAUGGAAGAAAAAUUUAUGGCUGCCAAUCAAUCUAAAGUUUCGUACAAGCCAAUUACCACUACCCUUAAAAGAAAACAAGAGGAGGUAUCGGCUCUUAUUAUUCAAAGGGCCUUCAGGAGAUAUUUGAUGCAGCGUUCUUUUAAAAAUAAAUCUUUCUUAUACCGUCAUAAACACUAUAACAGCGCUGUCUUUGAAGAAGAAACACAUGAGAAGGAAAGUCUUAUUGCAUCAAUGCUUAACAAAAAUAAUGUUAGGAAGCUAGAUAAAUCACAGACUACAUCUUCCAUAUCUCUCCCUUUAUUUUAUGAUGGUAUUGCUGAAACAGAUAGUGAUAACGUGGACAUGUAA